CACCAACCGCAUCUUCCCGAGAAUCCAGCUCCUCCACAACCCGCAACGCUCUCCAUCAUGUCUUCCCAAGAACCAAAAGAGCCCAUGGCCUCCAAGGCUCCCGAGCCAGCCUCCGUCGCCACUGCGGCCGCCAAAUCAGAGGACAAUUCGGCUCCCUGGAACGAGGACAAGCGUCGCAAGUUCGAGACGAAAUCGAAGAGCGAGUUCUUCGACCCUUGCCAAGAGGCUGCGCAGCGGAGCUACAAGUGCCUGUUCCGGAACGGCGGCGACAAGGCUAUGUGCGGCGAAUACUUCCAGGCGUAUCGCGAUUGCAAGCAGGCAUGGACCGACGAGCGCAAGAAGAAGUCCGGUUCUUGGUUCUGAAGCGACGCGGAUCGAACCGAUACGAGACGAGCCGAGACGCCGAUUGAGACCCUGCCACUCCAUCGAGACGUGAGGACCCCACGAUUUGAGAGCAUGUGAAAUACCACGAUUAUUGUACAAUAGUGUAUCUGCGGCGCAUUCGAGCGGGACGGAGGAUUGAAUGCAUUCAGGAUUGGAAUCACCAUAUGGCCCGGCUACGUGUUGCCUCGUCCAGUGGCGCCGGCCAGUGAGGAUAUUUCCAUUGUACUGUGCCCCUUGAGUGAUUUUUUCAAAGAAAGGAACCGCUUUCACACCGCAACAUGCAGCAAAGACGUCCUCUCGUAGCAAUUUCACCCCAUGAAGCCA